UUCUCUCGGGUCAGCACCCUUGGUCUGAGAUCAAGUGUCAAACCCCGGAAUUCCGUGUCUAUGGUUUGAAACGCCAAGGUCAUAGUGCGCAGCGUCCCAACGGCCACCCUGCAAUAAUGGACUCAGAUUGGGACAUGAUUCAAAAAUGUCUGCGAUCAAAAUUUGAACUUCGGCCUUCAGCAGAUGAAGUAUUCGACUUCGUCAAGCGGUGGUUUCCCCAGAGCUUCCUCGCACAAUGAUUCCAACGGUAUAACAAAACACCCGCUCAAUAGUCCACGAUCCCACCCUGAUCAUGAGCUGACGAAUGGAAUCACAGAGCCUGGAGCUCGGAUAUAUUUUUCUUCUUCGCCACCCAACACUGAUUCUUCGCCAUUAUUUCCGAGUGUCAGUACUGAUCCCACCACGGCGUUCGACAGUGAUUUUCUUCAGUCGACUAGCAACCCAGGACAUGAACAGAAACAAUCAGUACCACCACCACCUCAAAACGCAUGGUCAAGCAACCAUGAAACGCGUCUGCGGGAAAGAAAUAUCGUCAUAUUUGGCGAAACAAGCUCAGGGAAAAGCUCAAUCAUCAACACAAUCGCGCAAAAACAGCACGCGAAGACAUCUAACAGCGCACAUGGAUGCACUUCUACCACUCAACGCUACCCAGUAGAAAUUUCAGGCCAGCGAUUUGUCCUGAUUGAUACCGCAGGUCUCUGCAUGGGGACUGCAAACACAGUGCCGGCAGCGAAAGCGGAAAAAAAGUUGAAGAGUUUGUUGCAUGAGCUCAUGAGCUCCAAGUUGAAUGGAAUCAGCCUUUUGGUGUACUGCAUGAACAGCACGAUUGCCCCUGGCGCCCUCUUUAAGGCCUAUGACAAAUUCUACUCUGGGAUCUGCCAGAAGAAGGUUCCGAUUGUAGUCGUCAUCACAGGAUUAGAGACCCACAUGGAGAACUGGUGGGACACCAAUGUGGAAAAAUUCAAGGGCAUGUAUUUCGCAGACCAUGCUUGUGUCACAACGCUUUGGGAACACCCUGGCUUCCCAGACCACAUCACUCGUCGUAUUUCGGAGUCAGGCGAUAUUCUACGCAAGCUUGUCAUGAACAACUACGCGGAUUUGCCAGUUGCCAACGGCUCGUAUUCGGCGACCGGCAAAAGCUGGUUCAAGAAGAUUAGUAAGAAGGGAUGAACGGCGAACAGGAAGUAAAACGUUGAGUCUAGGAAAUUACAGUGGUGUAC